AGAGAAAAAUAAAAAUUAACAGAAAAAUACAAGACACUGAACUCAAGUGUGAAAAGUAAUACCAUGUUCAUGGCUAUUCACUGCAACACAUUUCCCAUUUCCAUCAAACCAUGCAGAACGAGAACUACACUUUCGUCUCCAUUGUCAACCACCCGUUUAACUUCAGUUUCUCACAAUCCGAACCGCACCAAUAACGUUGCGCUUAAGCUCUCAACUCCCAGCCCCAGGUUAAGUAAGGUUGUUUCUGCUGUGACUUCCGAAGAGAGUGCAGUCGGUUCAAUUAAUUCUGGUACUGAUGUGUUUAAACUCACGUACUUAGAGGGAAAUAGUUGGUUGUGGGAUGUUGGUGGUUUGAAAAUUUUGGUUGAUCCAAUCUUGGUGGGCAACUUGGAUUUUGGAAUUCCUUGGCUUUAUGAUGCUGCCAAGAAAUUUUUGAAGAAUUUCCAGCUUAGUGAUCUUCCAGAAGUUGAUUGUUUAUUGAUUACACAAAGCCUUGAUGAUCACUGCCAUUUAAAGACGUUAGAGCCGCUUUCUAAAAUGUCUCCAAAUCUUAAGGUCAUUGCUACUCCUAAUGCCAAGCCAUUGCUGGAUCCCCUUUUUAAUAAUGUUACAUAUCUAGAACCUGGUCAGAGUGCUGAAGUUGAAGCAAAAAAUGGUUCCAAAGUCAAACUGAAAGCCACUGCCGGGCCAGUUCUAGGGCCUCCUUGGCAACGACCUGAGAAUGGGUAUCUUGUCAAUUCUCCUCAGGGCCAACUGACUCUUUACUACGAACCCCACUGCAUAUACAAUAAAAAUUUUCUACAGAAGGAACAUGCUGACAUUGUUAUUAGCCCUGUAAUAAAGCAGCAACUUCCUAAAUUUACACUGGUUUCAGGACAAGAAGACGCUGUUCUGCUUGCUAAGUUGCUGAAUGCCAAGUUUAUUGUGCCUAUGAAAAAUGGAGAUCUUGAUAGCAAAGGAUUUCUUGCAAGUAUAGUUCAGGCUGAAGGAACAGUUGAAUCAUUCAAGGAGCUUUUGUCAAAGGAACUACCAGAUGCUCAGGUACUAGAACCCACUCCUGGUGUGCCACUGGAGAUUUCAGCACCUUCAAAUGUUCUGUAGGACAUCUUUAUUCUGUACAAUAUCCUGAUUAAAAUGCAUUUUUGCAAGAAACUGUUUAUAUCAAGUAAUAGUUUUAUAGUUCCAGCAUCUGUUUCGAGAGAGAGAUGUAAGUGAGGGCCAAAAGGUGUAACUUCAGCUAUACCCUUCGUUUUCAACCUCAAGUGGCUCUAAUUUUUCUUGA